UGGCAGAUUUUUAUUAGCGCGUGUUUCGCGGAUAGUGAUACUUAAAAAUCUCGACGAGAAAAUUGAUCACUACGAAUUUACGGAUUGUUACGAUGAUUUGACAAUUUUAAUUGCGAUGCCAAUGUACUAGUACGCGUAUUACAAUGGUUAUUCGCGUUAAAGUCGCGUGAUUAGUUCGAUGGAUCUAGUUUUUUCGACAUUUUUAUAAUUUGAGAAAAAAAGUGAAAAUUUUAACCAGCUGAGACUCGAGUGCUAUCGCAAAUCCGGCAUCGACGCUGAAGAAUUUUCUACGUUUUCGUAUAAUUGAUUACUUUUAGUGCAUUUUUCUAAAUAGCUUAUUAAAUUUUUAUUUUCGAAAAUAAUUCUCUUAUUAGUUAAUCACGAGGAAUUCGACUAGUUUUGUGUCAAAUAGAAAGUAAUAGUCCAAAUAAAACAUGGUGGUACGGUCUUCUGGACCGGACCCUGAUCCGGAAGGAGUGAAAAAUUUAUUCAAAGAAUAUAAUAUGACGCCGGAGAUAGUUCGACGCGAUGUCGCUCAUAUUAGACAAUGGAUGGUCAAGCAGCCUCAUUUCCCCCGUAUACCAGCAUCAAAAGAAGAGGAAAUCAAUUUUUGGAUCGAAGGGUUUCUACGACUAACAAAGAACAAUAUUGAGAAAACCAAAACCGCAGUUGACUGCUAUUUUAAAGGAAAACAUAUAUUUGGUGAAAUUUUCUCAAUUAAAGAUUUCCAGGCUUAUUUGUAUUCAAAUGUAUUUGACAACUUGUUCAUGAUGUUACUACCCAAAUUAACUCCCGAUGGAUUACGUAUUUUGCUCUACGGCGUCAGAAGUGAAAACGCAGCACUAUUCCAGCCGAUGGACUUCUUUAGAAGAAUGGGCAUGGUUCUAGAUAUCCAGCAAAAAGCUGGAAUAGAUUUUACUGGAAUUCACGUGGUCAUUUACGCUCGUUAUGGAACCUUGGGACAUUUGGCUCAAUUUGAUCUCACCAUGUUAAAAAAAGUUUUCAAAUUAGCCAAAAAAGCUUACCCCAUUCGUUUGAAGCAUACGCAUAUAAUCUAUCCUCCAACAUUCGUUGAAGCUGCUGUGAAAAUUAUCAAACCAUUCUUAACAAAAAAGGUCAUGUCUAGAUUAAGCGUUCACAAAGAUCUCCAAUCUUUAUGGCAGACGUUACCAAAGGAAGUUUUACCAGCCGAUCUUGGAGGCGAAUUACAAACAUUGCAAGAAAUACAUGAAAUGUGGAGAGAUCGCAUUUUGGAUCACUAUGACUGGUUCCAGUCAAAUCGUAAUUUAGUAUCAGAUGAAUCGAAGAGACACCGAAAAGAUGGCAAAAAUGAUAAAUAUGGCCAGAAUGGUACUUUCAGGAAGUUAACAUUGGACUGAUAAAACUUUUAUGGCUAAUACAGGUUCAUAAGAAAGUUGUCCAAAUUUUGAAUCAAAAAAAUUAAUCAGGUUAGUUCAUCAGUUCCAAGCUGUGUACUCUUACAUCUGGUUUGUGGGAUGAUAAGUUGGUAUAUCGUAAGAUCAUCUCGUUUAGUGAAUAAAACAAAAGAUUAACAAAACAGAAAAAAAUGUAUUAUAUUAAAUCAUUGUCAACGCCGCAGAUGAUAAUGAAAAUUAUAAAUUAAACGUUCACAUUUAUAACGUAGGUACAUUUAAGUUAUAUUUUUAAACAUGAGUUAAGCAUCAUCAUAAGCAACGUAAUGCGCAAGUUUAUUUUUCAAUUUUUUAAAAUAAAAAAAUUUGUAAAAUGA